GGAAGUGGGCUGGCGGCUCUAAGAUGGCGUCUCCUCCUCCGGGGGGUCCGAUGGCGAUCGCGAUGCGGCUCCGGAACCAGCUCCAGGCCGUCUACAAGAUGGACCCGCUGCGGAACGAGGAGGAAGUGAAAGUGAAGAUGAAGGAGCUGAACGAGCACAUCGUCUGCUUCCUCUGCGCCGGCUACUUCAUCGACGCCACCACCAUCACCGAGUGCCUGCACACCUUUUGCAAGAGCUGCAUCGUGAAGUUCCUGCAGACCAGCAAGUACUGCCCUCUGUGCAGCACCAAGAUCCACGAGACUCAGCCGCUGCUCAACCUCAAGCUGGACCGUGUCAUGCAGGACAUCGUCUACAAGCUGGUGCCUGGCCUGCAGGAGAGUAAGUAGGGCUGGGGACUCCGGGGCCCAUCCGCUCUCGGGGGGGCUCCCUGGGCACUGGGGAUGGCAAGGUUCCCGGAAGGGCCUCGCUCGCCUGUUGGCAACAGGGAAAGCCCCCUUUGUGACGGGCAAGCUCUUCCCAGCCACGUGCCAUCAGCAGCAGGGGCGGCUUCCAACCUCAGCCUGCGUCCUCCUGGCCAGGAGGUGCUGAAACAUCCCCCCCCCCCCCCC